AUGAAGUUGCCUGUUUCGCUAGCUGCGUUGACAGCUUUGGCUGUUGCUGCCCCAGCUGCUGGGGCUGAUCUGACGGUAGAUUUGAAGCUCGUUGGCAACACUGAAGUCAAGGCCGUUAUUACCAAUACAGGCGACAAGGAUAUCAAGCUGCUCAAGACGGGCACUAUCCUUAGUCAGGCACCUGUUGAAAAGGUCCUCGUCACUUCCAACAAUACCCGCGUCGGCUUCAAUGGCGCCUUGGUCCGCGUCAUUCAGCAAUAUCUAGAUGAUUCGGCGUUCCAAACUGUUGGCGCGGGCAAGACGGUCGAAAAUGUCUUUGAUCUAGCUGCCAUGUUUGACCUGUCUAAAGGAGGACUGUACACCGUCCAGGCCAACGACUCCAUCUCCGUUGCGAACGAACAGAACAGGAUCACCGGGUCUAUCCCAUAUGCUUCCAACGUUUUGGAAAUUCAAGUCGACGGCUCCAAGGCGUCUGAAUCCCGCACCCUAGCGUACGCCGACUUCAAGCGCGCCGUUACCCGUUGUGAUGGCGAUCGUCGAAACGUAGUCACAAACGCCAUGCACCGGUGCCGCGAACUGUCCGCUGCGGCUCAAUACGAAGCCGCUCAGGGGCAGGCAUCUCGCAUGGACGAGUACUUCAAGAGAUCUGAUGAGAAGACUCGCGGUACUGUGAGUGAUGUGUUCCGCAAGGUCGGGGAGGUAUGUUCGUCCAUGACGGCAGGGUACGCACGCCUCUACUGCUACGACGUGCACAAGGGCUGCGACGGCGGUGCUGUUGCCCUUACGUAUCCUGGACAGAGUGACAUGGUUCUCUGCGAUACCUUCUUCAAGUCGAUUCCCCCUUCGAACAACCAAUGCCACGGGGGUGAUCAGGGCACAGUGCUCAUCCACGAGGCAACUCAUCUUUCUCAGGUCAAAGGAACAGGUGACCACGGCUACGGCUACGAUUCCGUGAAGAAGAACUCAGCAGAUGUGAACAUCAAACAUGCUGAUGCGUACACGUACUUUGCCAAGUCGUUUUACGAGUCUUGCUCAAACAGCGGUGAUCCCAAUAGCUACCAGGUGUACGUUUGCAAGGACACCAAUAAGAAGGGUGGAUGUGUCGGUGUUCGCGGAAAAUUCGGCAAAUGCGCGAACCUCCCGCUUGACUUUAACAAUGCGGUUUCUUCCCUAGGUGGAAGUUAUACUCGCGAAUGUACUGCUUUCAAGGACAAUGACUGCAAGGGCCAGAACCUAAAAAUCGCAAAGGGACAGCAGAUGAACAGUUUGCCCGCCGGCAUGAACGAUCAAAUUUCGUCGGUACGUUGCUAA